AUGUCCUCCGACAUUGAGAAAGCGGUGGGCGGUGGCGCCCUAGCCGCCGACAACCGUGCGGACGACCCGAACGACCGAAAUUUUGGCGCCCAAGCACUCGAGUCGCCCGAUGCCUCGACGGCACCGUCCGAGUACCACGAGCCGCUGAAGCUGACGCAGACGGUGCUCUCAACGCGCUCGGCGCGCGAGGCCGCGAAACAGCUUCAGAAUUUCGACACCUCGCCCGAGAACCCCCGCAACUGGCCGCUGUCCAAGAAAUGGGGACUGUGUCUCACGAUCACGGUGACGGGCUUCAUUUCGACGAGCGCGUCGUCCAUUGCUGUUCCCGGAAUACACCAGGUCAUGGCCGAGUUUGGAAUACACAACCUCAAGAUCGGAACGCUGAUUACGUGUUUCUACGUGCUGGGGCUCGGAACCGGGCCCUUCAUCUUUGCGCCGAUUUCCGAGCUGUGGGGGAGACAGGUAGCGUAUCUCUCCUCACAGUUCUUUUUUGUCAUUUUCGCGAUCGGAGCGGCAGUUGCGCCGAAUAUGGCGGCACUGAUUGUGCUCCGCUUCUUCUGUGGAAUGAUGGGAUCAGUCGGACCAACACUGGGCGUAGCGACGUGUGCUGAUCGUGGUCUCACAGUCAGCAUCUACGCCAUCGGUCCCAUGGCUGGCCCCGUCCUGGGCUCCAUGCUGGGAUAUUGGAUCUUGUUCGGGGGCUGGCGGUGGGAGCUCUGGUUUAUGGUCAUUGCGUCCGGCCUAAACUUUGCUCUCCUCGUCUGUUUCUCACAGGAGACUUACGCUCCCGUGAUCCAACGCAAGCUGGGGUACCGAAUCCAGUACCCGCAACCCGACCCCACGAGCUUCCUCGACCGAUUUUCUCCUAAGCGCAUCAUUCACAACCUGGGCUGGAUGAGCGCCACUGUCUCAAAGAGUGAAGCGGGAGACGCGUUCUCAAAGGCGCUCACCCGCCCGCCAAGACUGCUCUUCGGCAACCCCGUCGCCCUCAUCACAUGCGUCUACUACGCCUACCUCUACAGCAUCAUCUACGUGUUCUUGAUCAGCACGCCGCUGCUCUUCGGUCCGCCGCCGUUCAAAGUCGACGGUCUGUUCUCUUACCAAUGGCCCCGCGGAACCGUGGCUCUGGGCUAUGUUGGGAGUGCGAUUGGCUUCUUCUCUGCCGCUUUCGUAGCGGCGACGCAACAAGACCGGAUCUACAAGUACCUUAUGCGUCGGAACGGGGACAACGGCCAGCCCGAGUAUCGCUUUGUCCUGACUCAGAUUGGCACCGUCCUCCUCCCUGUCGGCCUGUUCAUCUUUGGCUGGACCGCGCAGGCCGAGACGCACUGGAUCGGCCCUGUCAUCGGCCAGGUCAUCCUCAGCUUUGGGUGCAUGCUUGCGUUCAACAGUAUCCAGAACUUCCUCGUCGACGCAUUCUUCCCCUUUCAUGCUGCUGCGACUGCCGGGGCCAGCGCCAUGCGCUCCAUGUUUGCCUGCGUGCUCCCUGUAUUCUGCGCGCAGAUGUUCGGCACCCUCGGAUGGGGGUGGGGAGGCAGCUUGCUCGCCUUCAUCGCCCUCGUCGCUAUCCCAGGACCGCUCAUCAUGUUCAAAUACGGAAGGAGGUUGAGGGAGAGGUACAAGUUUGAGGGGUAG